AUGGAUUUGUCUUGUGGCGAGAAUCUUCCGAAUACCGGCAAUUACAGCGGUGGCAGCGGGAGGGUCGUCGACAUGUGCGUCGCUGGUCCCGACCGUGCUUUGGACGGUGAUCCUCGGCUGCUGCUGAACUUGCUCACGUUGGAGCGCUCCCAUGCAUUGCACACAGAUUACUUUCAAAAUGUGCAGAUUGAUAUUCAACCCUUCAUGCGGAAGGUCGUCACAACUUGGAUGUUGGAGGUUUGUGAAGAGCAGCAAUGCGAGGAGCAGGUAUUUCCCCUGGCGGUGAGCUACAUGGACAGAUUUCUGGCACAGCGGGCUAUCUCGCGGCAGCAGUUACAACUCCUGGCUGUGACUGCGAUGCUACUGGCUUCGAAGUUCCGCCAGUGUCAUCCGCUUUCCGUGGACUUACUUUGCGCGUACACCGACAACUCCGUUCAUCCAAAUGAAGUCAGGCAAUGGGAAGUUAUGCUUCUGCAACGACUUAAUUGGCAGCUUUCCAUCGCAACGGCCUUCGACUUCGUAGAUCCAUUUUUGGCGCGAGUACCAUGGGGCCGGCAGAAUACUCUCGUCCGCACCCACGCCAUCACACUCACCUCUGUCUGCUAUACUGAAACGGAGUUUCUCUUGGUGCCGCCAUCGCUAAUCGCGGCCGCUUGUAUAACCGCUGCGGCGCGUGGUUUGAGGGUAAGGAUGUCUGUGAACGAUCUGUGUGCAAUGACCCGAGCUCCCGCUGCGGCCGCCGAGCUGGUGGCACGACACGUGGAGCGAGUGUUGGCCAGAGAAACGCAGCCCCAAGAACCCAGGACACGACAUCUUCAGCCUAUCAAACAAACUACCCCCGAGCAGACACAAUUGCCCGAUACUCCCACCGACGUCCAGGACGUACACUUCUGA